UGAAACCGGUAGGGGACUCGGGAGUUGCGACGAGGUCCGCCGGCCCUAACCCAUUCACGAGUCUCACCCGAUCGAUCCCUCCCAUCUCUCAUCUAUUUCCCCUCUUCGUCCUCUCCCAAUCCAUCCCUCGCGUCCGGUCUACACCUUUUUCCGGCUCUCUACCACUUCGACGGCAACAAGGUCUCACCUUUUCCCGGCGAGCUUGAGCUCGGCCUGGCCAUCUCGUGCCGAGCUCGAGGGCGGAGUUGCUUCCCAUGGAUGCGGAUACGGCCAUGGAUAUGGAAAUAGGGGAUGGCUCUUCGUCCUACUCCUCCUCCAAGCGUCUGGGCAUCAAGAACACCAUCCAAACCAAUUUCGGCGACGAUUACGUCUUCCAAAUUGCUUCCAGUCAGGAGAUUUCAACAUUGGCAGUGUCCCUAUCAACAAACACAAUCAAAUUAUACUCUCCAGCAACCGGACAAUAUUUUGGGGAGUGUAAGGGACACAGUGGAACCAUCCAUGAGAUUUCCUUUUCAAUUCCAUCCUCUGCACAUGUUAUAUGUUCGUGUUCGUCCGAUGGCACUGUUAGAGCAUGGGAUACAAGGACCUUCAAGCAGGUUUCUACAUUAAGGGCUGGUUCCUCCCAAGAAGUAUUUAGCUUUUCUUUCGGUGGAUCAAGUGGUAAUCUACUUGCUGGUGGAUGCAAUGCUCAGAUAUUAUUUUGGGAUUGGAGAAAUGGAAAGCAAGUGGCUUGCUUGGAAGAAUCUCACAUGGAUGAUGUGACACAAGUACGAUUCAUUCCAGAGAAGCAAAAUAAGCUCAUUUCUUCUUCUGUUGACGGAUUGUUAUGCCUUUUUGAUACCGAUGGACAAAUUGAUGAUGAUAACCAUUUGGAAUCAGUGAUGAAUGUUGAGACAUCUAUUGCGAAAGUAGGAUUUUUUGGGCAGAUGAAUCAAAAGCUUUGGUGUUUGACGCAUAUUGAAACAUUAAGUAUAUGGGACUGGGAAGAGGGAAAAAGAGAAGUCAAUUUCGAAGAAGCUCGUUCAUCAGCUUCUGACAGAUGGAAUCUAGACCAUGUUGACUAUUUUGUUGAUUGCCACUACUCCAAAGUUGAUGACCGCUUAUGGGUGAUUGGUGGUACGGGCUCGGGGACACUUGGUUACUUUCCCAUUAGUCAUGAACCACUUGGAGUGAUUGGGUCCCCGGAAGCUAUUCUUGAAGGUGGCCAUGCAGGGGUAGUAAGAACUGUAUUACCAGCUUCAAGCAGUCAUGGUGGCCUUGCAUCAGCCAAAGGUGUUUUUGGAUGGACUGGGGGUGAAGAUGGUCGCUUAUGUUGCUGGUUGUCAGAUGACUCAAUAGGAGCAGACCGGUCAUGGAUCUCAAGUGCCCUAAUUAUGAAAUCGCAGAAGGCACGUAGCAGAACCCGGCACCAUCCAUAUUGAAGGAGAUCCCUGGGACAUGACUUCCCGGUUUAAAAUCUGCUGUAAAACAAGGUUUUCCAUUUGUUGAGAGGACAAAAAAAAUCGAACUCCCUUGGUUUGAAUGUGAUAAAGUGAUAGCAAGCCAGAGCAUUGCAUUGAGGCGGAUGUGUGUUAUUGGGAUGGCUGUUGAUGUAUUGGUUCUGUACUUCUGUGGCAUUACGAAGUUGUUUUAUUUUUAUGGGCAUCCGUCCAUUAGGCUCGGUGCAUCUGAUUUCUUUUUGCAACCUAAAUCAGAUUUUUGUAGCUGUUGGAAUUUUGAUUUUUUGAUAAUUAAACCUAGGAAUUUUUGAAUUCAA